CCCUCGAGCAUCCAUCCCCCACUGAUCUCAGCGCAGGGUUCGCUGCUCCGGGGCGGAACUGGCAAAACCCUAAUGCGAACACUCGCCCUAACCGGGCAAACAGGAACCCCGGCGGCUUCAUGCAGCCCCGACCGUGCUGGGGAGCUCAACCCAAGGGCACCACGGGGAUGUCCGACAGGACCGCCGUCAAGAUGCGGGGGAGGGGAAAGAGAACCCCAUCCCCCGGCUUUCCAGGGCUGAGAUGCAGCUGCAGCCCCAUGCAAAAGAGGUGGCAGAAACCACGUCGGCACACACCCCCACCACCCUUGGUGCUGCUCGGGAGGGAGCCUUGUGUCCCGCUCCCUGAGGUUCUCUUCACUUCCCAGAGCAGGCAGAGCAGCCUUGGGAAUAUUUCACACCACCAGCCCUCGCAGCUGCUGCUGUGCGUGGACACGGGGUUCCUUUUUGUUCCAGGGAGCCAGCCUGCACCCCCCAGGGCUGUCACCCAGCUGGUGUCUCCAGGGACUUCACCAGGAAGUGACACUUUCCAUUUCGUGUCACACUCGGCUGCCAAAGAGGGAGGCUGGGGAAGGGGGUUGCUGCUCCCCUCCUCCAUAGUCGUGGGGCACACAGCCAGAGAAAGAGGGAAGGAUGGAAGAGGGAGUCAUGUAUGCUGAGCUGCGCCUGCCCCCUGCACCAGCCCCUGUGCAGAAAGCACAGAUGCCCUGGCACUGGGCAGCCCUCAGCCUGGGUGCCCUGUCCCUGCUGCUCCUGCUGGCACAGAUCAUCCUCGUCGGACUGGGCUUCCACUACUUAGUUCAACAGGGGAGCUGCUGUCAUGGUCCCCAGUGCCUGGAGAACCUCAGCUCUGGGCUACAGGCUUUGCAAGGAAGCUGCCAGUUCUGCCCAGCUGGCUGGCUGUGGCAUGCAGGGCGCUGCUACUACUUCUCCUCAGCCAAAAGGAACUGGGAGCAGAGCAAGGAGGACUGCUGCUCCAGAGAGGCACAGCUGGUCAUCAUCCAAGCCAACAGCACACUGGCUUUCCUGACACGCGUGUCCCAUAAGGACAUCUUCCAUGUGGGGCUGAAGUUGAGCUCUUUCAGGUCUGAAUGGAAGUGGCUGGAUGGCACCACGCUGAAGGGGCUCUUCCCAAUCCAGCGCACCACUAGCUCCUACAUGGCCUGUGGCAGGGUGUCGGGGUCAGGGCUCUCCGGUGGCCAAUGUGGGGAAGUCCAUGGCUGGGUCUGUGAGAAAAGUGCCGUCACCCUGCAGUGGCUGCAGUCCUCACCACCUGCUUUCGUCUGGGGAAACACCACAUAUACCUGUGCAGGACCGUGGUGACAAUGGAGACAGCCAGUGCACUGAGUCAGGCACACAGGGCACUGACUCAGUACUCACAGCUCUUCAUCUCUCCCCUUUGUUUAUUGUACAUUGCUAAUAAACUUUGACACUCACACUGUGUCUGUCUUUGGGGUUUAGGGUUGGGG